AUGGCUUCCGGUGACAACGGGAGGAAGAUAGUGAAGCUGCGGAGUUCCGACGGCAUUCUGUUCGAGGUGGAUGAAGGCGUGGCCCGGCAGUACUCGCAGUCGAUCGGAAACCUCAUCGAGGACGACUGCGCCACCGGAGUCAUCCCCAUCUUCAAUGUCACCUGCCGCAUCCUCCGCAUGCUCCUCGAGUACAUGGAAAAUCACGCGAACGCCACGAACAACGGCGUCUUCGGUGGUCCUGGCCCCGUCCUCGCCCAUAGGCUCAAGAAGCGGGACGCCGAGUUCAUCAACGUGGACAACGACACCCUCUUCGACCUCCUCGAGGCAGCGGAUUAUUUCAACGUAAGCAGUAUAUUGGAGCUGAUCGUUAAAACCAUUGCCGGUAAGAUGAACGAUAACGAUGAAGAAAUAAAACGAAACAAAGUGCCAGAGUCAAGGGCGAAGGAUUACUCGCCGAAAGAAGCGCCCGAAGAGAUCCGCGACACCUUCGACAUUGUUUGUGACAACACACCGGAGGAAGAGGAGGAGGUGCGACGGCAGUACUUCUGGGCGUUUCACUGA